AUGUCAUUCAGACUGCCUGAGAAUGGUGUACUGCCCUGGUUUGAAAUCACGGUUGGCGAGCCUCAAAAAGUUGGGGACGUAAUCAAUCCCCACAUCGUUUACAAAGUUCAUAUCAGGACUAAUUCGACAGCCUUCAAGUCGAACGACUUCACGGUACAGAGGAGGUACAGGGACUUUUUGUGGCUCUAUAACCAACUCACAGCCCACAACCCUGGUGUAAUUGUGCCGCCAGUCUCGGAGAAGCAUGCGAUAGGACGAUUUCAGGACGAGUUCGUGGAGAGUCGUAGGAUCGCAUUGGAGAGAUGUCUACGAAAGAUGACGGCCCAUCCUAUGCUAUACGGAGACCCAGACCUGAAGUUAUUCUUGGAGAGCGACAGCCUUGUUGCGGAGGAGAAGCGGCAAGACAGCUCAAAGGGCUUUAUGACAAAAUUUGGCGAGACACUUUCGAGCGCAACGACAUUUACUAAAGUACACGAGACAGAUGAGUGGUUUGAGUCCCGUCGAAACCAAUUGGACGUCCUCGAUAGCCAGCUCAAAUCACUCCUGAAAGCAAUUGAAGCGAUCAUUAAGCAGCGCAAGGAUCUGGGCGUUGCUUCUGCAGAGUUUGGCGAAAGCAUUGUCUCUUUGGCCGGCGCAGAACUGAACAAACCCCUGGCCAACUCAUUGCUUGUCCUCGGCAAUCUCAAGAUCCGAAUCAAGGAACUGCACGAUAAACAGGCCCACAUGGACGUUUUGACAUUGGAGCACACUGCGGACGAGUACAUUCGGACGAUUGGAUCGAUUAAAAUUGCGUUUAUGGCUCGUGCAAAGUUCAACCAAAACAUGGUGCAGGCGCAGAACGAUCUCUCGAAGAAGAAGGCAAACUUUGAUAAGAUGAGCCAGCCGAGUCGCAAGACCAAGCCGGAGCGCCUUCAGCAACUGCAGCAGGAGAUCACGGAAGCAGAGCAACGUGUGGACUCGACAAAGAAGGAUUUCGAGGAGAUCUCGAGUCUGAUCCGGCAAGAGUUUGAUCGCUUCGACCGGGAAAAGGUCGAGGAUUUUAAGCAGAGCGUGGAGGCAUUCUUGGCAAGCAUGGUCAAGCAUCAGCGCGAGAUUGUAGGGUUGUGGGAAAACUAUUUCAAGGCAUUGAACGGGGCUGGGGAGGAGCAGAGUCAAGCACAACAACAACAGCAACAAGCAGCGUCAACGCCAUCUCAAGCACAGGGCCACACAUCUGUGACAGCCUCAGAGGAUGCGAACACUCGGCCUAGCGCGGAUGACUCUUUUGGUGGGCACACGGGAGGCAUUCCAACAAGUCGGUCGAAUGAUAUUCUUUCGGCAAAUGAGUGGAGCAGCUAG